GACUUCCGAACCCGGAACUGACGGCCACGCGUAGCCGGCGCGGCCAAUCGGCGUCCCGGAAGCAGCAGGCUUUAGAGGCAACUGAGCCAGUGAAUGACAGCAGCGCCGCCCGCCGGUGUCCUGAGCCUGCUGUCAGCGUGCCCGUCAGGAAGGCUGUGGCGUGCCUUCGCGCCGCGCCUCCGCGCGUGUCUGUGGCCCAGCGGGCUCAUCCCGCUCUCCCCGGCCCCCGCCCCGCUGUCCCUCCGCUGCUGGCGCCAUGGGCAGCGAGCAGAGCGCGGAGGCCGAGAGCCGCCCCGGCGAUCUGAACGCCUCAGUGACUCCAUCUCCAGCUAAACAUCGGGCCAAGAUGGAUGAUAUCGUGGUGGUGGCUCAAGGCUCCCAGGCCUCAAGGAAUGUUAGCAAUGAUCCUGAUGUCAUCAAGCUUCAAGAGAUUCCAACUUUCCAGCCCCUUUUAAAAGGGCUCUUGAGUGGACAGACAUCCCCAACAAAUGCCAAACUGGAGAAGCUAGACUCUCAGCAGGUGCUGCAGCUCUGCCUCCGGUACCAGGGCCACCUGCACCAGUGCGCAGAGGCAGUUGCUUUUGAUCAGAAUGCUCUAGUCAAGCGAAUCAAAGAGAUGGAUCUGUCCGUGGAAACCCUCUUUUGCUUCAUGCAGGAGCGCCAGAAAAGAUAUGCCAAGUAUGCAGAGCAGAUCCAGAAGGUGAAUGAGAUGUCGGCCAUCCUCCGCCGCAUCCAGAUGGGUAUUGACCAGACAGUGCCACUGAUGGAGAGGCUCAACAGCAUGCUGCCAGAGGCCGAGCGUCUGGAGCCCUUCAGCAUGCGGCCCGAGAGGGAGCGGCUCUAGCAGGCACCUGCCUCCUGGGCGCAGCUCCAGCCUCUGCCUGGGCCCAGAUGUUUGCCUAGAUGCGUUUGACUGGCACGGAUUUCCUCACAUAAUUGGUUUUUGAUAACUGAAGUUGGGACAGUUGACUUUCCAGGAAUUCUUGUAAAAACUUUGCAUCGAGAGUUAUUUUUAUUUUGCUCAGCUAUUUUGAAUUAAAAGUGUAUAUAGUCUAGCUACUGCAAUGAAACUGUGGGGGAAAUGGUAGCUACUGCAUUGAAACUGUGGGGGAAAUGUUAGGAAACUGUGUUCUCCUUGGCACCUUGUGAGACUUUACUCAGGCUCUCUCAGUGUGGUUGUAAAUAUAAGAUCUGACUGAGUCCAGUUA